AUGAAAACCGCCUCCGCCGCCAUUUUCCGGAAACGAAUCGACGAGGAGGAGGAAGAAGAAGAAGUCUGUAAUGUCUUCGACAGCGAGGUAGAUAGCAAAACUCUAAACGACACCAAGGGCUUCUUCACUUCCUUGCUCUCCAUGGAGGAGGAGAAGCACGACCAAGAAGCUCGGAAAAGACCAAGAACCACCCCCGAGGAAACCACAGACACCAAUCCAAAGAAGUCACGUGCCUCCUCACGUGCCCUCGCUUCUUCAGAGAGCAGUGACGUCACCGGAUCGGUGGCUCACCAGUCACCAGUAACAGCCACUCUUUUCUCGGACCCAUUGAUUAGAUGGAAACCGACCAGCGAGAUAAGAGUUUAG